GCGUAAUGCAGUUUAUAUAUUCAUCGUUGUGUCUGCUAAAAUCAAGUGAAAGUGCGGACACCGGAAUUUACUAGGUUUACUUGCAAGAAAACAAGGUUGCGCCAGACGUCCGGCUGUUUGAAAGUGCGGCUAAAAAUGAAGAUCCUGAUGGUGUUUGAUUUUGACCACACUGUGGUGGACGAGAACUGUGACAUCUGGGUCAUCAAGUGUCUUCCGCAGCAGACUCUCCCAGAGUCUGUGGAGAGCACAUACAGGAGGGGCCAGUGGACUGAGUACAUGGCCAGAGUGAUGGCCUACAUAGGAGACCAGGGGGUCGCCCCCGACCGGGUCCGCAGCGUCAUGGAGACCAUCCCCUUCACACCCGGCAUGCUGGAGCUGCUCACAUUCAUAUCCGAGAAUAAAAGCAUGGUGGACUGCAUCGUCGUCUCCGACGCCAACACCAUGUUCAUCGACUGGGUCCUGCAGGGGGCGGGACUCCGGGUAGCUGUGGACCAGGUGUAUUCCAACCCGGCCAGCAUCAGCGAGUCCGGCUACAUGGAGCUGCGGCCCCACCACUCGCACCAGUGUGCCAAGUGCCCCGUGAACAUGUGCAAGAAGAAAGUCCUGGAGACGUACCUUUCCGGGAAGGCAGACGGCGGCGAGGUGUACGGGCGGGUGUUUUACGUGGGGGACGGCGGGAACGACCUCUGCCCCUCGUUCUGUCUGAGUGGGCGUGACGCUGUGAUGCCCAGGAAGGGCUACACCCUGGAUAAGAUGCUGACCCGACUAAGCGAUCAGGAAGGCAACGACUCCAUUUCAGCUAAGGUUAUUCCAUGGAGCAGCGGCGCCGACAUCCUGCAGGAACUGAAAGACAGUCUGCAGUCUCAAUGAUCCACAUCCUCACCACGCCGUUCACCACGCCCAGUCAAAAGAUUUUAUUAUGGCUCUUGUAUUUUUAAUUGGAACUGAAGAAUUUGUAGGGAUAAAGUGAUUUUAUUAUAAUAACAACUCAGCCUGUCGCAGCAAACAAUCACUUAAUUGCAUGAUCAAUUAAAGCGAGCUUGAUCAUUUCCAUUCUGAUGAUUAAUAUUUUUCGAAGGACAGUUUUGUUUUCAGGGAUUUCAUAAUCCAUUUUAUCGAUGAUUUUGUU